ACACCUCAUUCCAUCUGUAUCUGACACCAUGUCAUAGGAGCUCGUAGAAAAGAGCGGCAACAGCCUCCAAGAUGAGAUCUCAAUCUCUUCAUACCAAGUAUCCCUCCUCAAAAUGCAGGUCCACAGCACCAUUCUGUCUCGCGAGCGCAACACUUCAGUCAUCCACGAGGCUCAACACCUUCGAGAAAUGUGCGAGACUUAUCGCCAAAGUCUCGACUCAUGGUUUGCGAGAUGGAAAGAGAUCACAACCUCAAUUUCUUCUUCAUGUUCAAUACCAUCUUCAAUACCAUGGAGUCACGCCCUUCAAGAAAAUUUACUCUCCUGGGGCUCGCUGCACUACCACCACGGCAUGUCGCUCAUUACAACUCUCUGGCCAACACCAGGCGGAGAUCCAUCCACCAUUUGUGGCGGUGUGAGCAACGCAGGGUUACAACUCGUUCGUCACCAGCAGCUUUUCGCAAGUCUCACUUGUGAGGGGACGUCAUCGGGUGAAGGAGAUGUCGUGGUGUUUCCUUGUGAGUGGACGAUGGCUCAUUUGGUGCUCCAAGUUGGUCUCCGUGCUAUAGGAGAGAAGGACGAGUCGGUCGUCGGCGGGAAGAACCAGGACCCGUCACCGGGACAUUGUUUUCCGUUACUGCUGCUUCUUGAAGCUGAUGACUCGAAAUUGUUGAGAGGCUUGUCACAAGUUUUUGAGCGGCUAUCCGCGAACGCUCCAUAAUGAUGAUUUAACAUGACAAUAAUCUCAGAUCCGGGCAGUUAUCUCCUUUCAUAACCAGCCUGAGGCAAUGACAGGGCAUCACAAAGACACU